AUGAUGACCUUUGCCAUGCUGCGGCCAAUUGCGACUCAUCUGAUCAGCUACCCGGACCUGAGUAUGAUGUCCGAGGACGAGGAGAACCGCAGCGAGAGCGACGGCAGCUCGGAUCAGAGCUAUGGAUGCUGCGCAUCCGCGGACAAACGGCGGAGGAUUUCUCUAAAGUCGGGAGGCAGCAGUGUUGUCAUUGUGAAACAGCGGAACGCAGCCAAUGCCAGGGAGCGCGACCGAACCCAAAGUGUCAACACUGCAUUUACUGCACUUCGGACUCUAAUACCCACUGAGCCAGUGGACAGAAAGCUCUCCAAGAUUGAGACGCUUCGCCUAGCAUCAAGCUACAUCUCCCACCUCGCCAACACCCUGCUGCUCCGUGACGGGAAUGGAGAUGGACAACCUUGUCUUGGCGCGGUUUACGCGCAAGGAGAGAGCGGAGGAAAGCAGCCUCGCACCAUCUGUACCUUCUGUUUGAGCAACCAAAGAAAAGGGAUAAAGGAUGGCAAAGACUGUCUGAAGAUGCGAGGCGUUGAUUCUCUGAGGGUGAACCGCAGAUAG